CCGACAAGGCCCCAAAGCAGCAGUUCUGCUCGUUCGCUGUGACAAUGUUCUCGAAGAAAUUCAUCGCCUCUGUCUUCCUCGCAGUCUUCUGCGUAUCGCCUGCUCUCGCGACUCCUACCGAUGCCUCCAACAUGAAGCGGGCGCUUGACCACGCCACGCUCCGAGUCCGCCAAAUUACGCCGGACUUCGCGCUCGAGACUUUCCACCCUGAGUCUGACUUCGAGACGUUCGGCGAGGGUAUCGAGCAUCCGCAUUCCAAGCGGGCUACUUUUCACUUCGGCGACGCCGGCAAGGCCUUCGCUGCUUCGAAGCUUGGGCUGGACGAGAGCGCCAUCAAAUAUCACUCUGGUUACGAAGGCGAGGUUUCCAGCCAUGCGUUCUUCAGGCAAACACACGAGGGCGUACCCUUUGCCAACGCCGUCGCCAAUGUCGCCUUUAACAAGGACAACAAAGUCGUGACGUUUGGUUCCAACUUUGUUAAAGCAUCAAACAUUCCCCCCUCAGCACCUUCGGUGGCUUUGGAGGAUGCUAUCAAGACCGCUGAGGCUACCCUGAACGGCAAGUUCAACGAGCACCCGCCCACCCUCGAAUACGUCGCCCUGAAGGACGGCUCCGUCGCUCUGACGCACGUCGUUCAGAUACAAGACGAGACCACCGGCGCGUGGUAUGAGGCUUUCGUCGACGCUCACGAGAAUAAGGUCCAGACUGUUACCGACUUCGUUGCAAAAGCCUCUUACCGAGUCCUGCCUAUCACGAAAGAGGUGCUCACCGAAGGCUUCGAGACGCUCACCAACCCGCAGGAUCUCAGCGCUUCGCCCGCUGGAUGGCAUAGCACGGAUGGUACCACCAACUCCACCACUACAUCGGGAAACAACGUGAUCAGCUACAAGAGCUCCAUGACGACUGGCCUCACUACUCAGAGUUCCACCGGCCUCAAUUUUAUCUUCACCCAGAACCCGAGUCAGGCGCCUACUGUCGCGGCAAACCUCAAUGCGGCUCGCACGAAUAACUUCUACCUGGUCAACACGGUGCAUGACAUUACGUACAAAUACGGAUUCACUGAGGCGGCGUUCAACUUCCAACAAAACAACUUCGGCAAGGGCGGAACUGGAAACGAUAGGGUCACUGCGUCCAUCCAAGACUCGGCCGGUACUGACAACGCUGACUUCGCGACCCCUGGUGACGGACAAAGCGGCCACAUGAGGAUGUUCCUGUGGGACAUAACCAACCCUGAGCGCGAUGGGGCCCUCGAAAACGAUAUCGUUGUUCAUGAGAACACGCACGGUGUUACGAACCGCAUGACUGGCGGUGGUACAGGUCGUUGCCUGCAGACCACCGAAAGCGGAGGUAUGGGAGAGGGAUGGUCCGAUGCUAUGGCCGAGUGGACCGAGCACAAGGAUGCCACCGUGCCGGACUACGUUCUUGGCCAAUAUGUCGUCAACGACGCCGCUGGUAUCCGUUCGCACCCCUACUCCACAUCCGCGAUGACCAACCCUCUUCGUUACUCGAGCUUGAAGACCCUCACCGAGGUGCACGACAUCGGCGAGGUCUGGGCCAAUAUCCUGCACAACGUCUACGCCGCGCUCGUCUCGGCCCACGGCUUCUCCGCGACGGCGCACACGGACCCGACCGGCACGGCGGGCAACGUGGUCUUCCUCCACCUCUUCCUCGAUGCCCUCCCGCUCCAGCCGUGCAACCCGACGUUCGUCACUGGUCGCAGCGCAUGGAUACAGGCGGACGUGAACCGAUACGGAGGGGCGAACAAGUGUAUCCUGUGGAACGCGUUCGCGAGUCGCGGUCUCGGCGUCAAUGCUGCCAACCAUAACGAUGAUACGUCGGUGCCCUCUGGCUGCUGAACAAAGGUGUUGCUUUCAUAUAACUGCACUUGUCGGUUCAUUCAAUGGUUGUACAAGGCUAUGUAUACGUAGCCAAAUUGGACCUAUCGCGCGAAAUGAUAAUGAAUAUUUCUUAUCGUUCUGC